AUGACAAGAAUAGCCAAAAGAGUAGCCAUCAUAGGCGCUGGGCCUAGCGGUCUGAGUGCGGCAAGAGCCUUUUUGGCCAACACCGACUUCGAGCUGGUCCUUUACGAUUCGAAACCGCAGGUAGGCGGAGUGUGGUUUUAUCCGGAUGACGAACAGCAGAGAGCCAGCACCGCAAUGUACGACUCCCUCGAGACAAACUUGAGCAAAGAUAUUAUGAGCUUCAAUGGGUUUCCAUUCUCUGACAGUGUUAAACAGUUCCCGACAAGAAGCCAAGUUCAAGAAUACCUGAUCCACUUUUACGAGACGUUUGUCAAGAACCAGAAUCGUGCUCGCGUGCAAUUAAACUGCACAGUGGAGCUCUUGCAAAAAAACGGGGACUCGUGGGAAUUAUGCCACUCGGGCUCGCGAUCGGUUGAGGUGUUCGACUUUGUGGUGAUCGCAAAUGGCCAUUUCGACAUUCCCUACGUCCCCACCGAUAUUCCUGGACUUGGCGAAUGGCGUAAGGAAGACCCCAGCUCGCUCUUGCAUUCCAAAGAGUUCCAAUCCAGCGAACCUUUCCGUGGCCAAAAAGUCGUGGUGGUUGGCAACGGAAGCUCAGGCUCCGAUAUCGCCAAUCAGAUCAGUUCUGUGGCGGAACAUGUUUUCCACAGCGUCACGGAGAUUUCCAAGGCGAACUGGGACGAAAACCCAAUCGUCACGCCGGUAACAAAAAUCUCACAGUUGAGGGUGCACGAAAACCGGACUGUGGAGCUUCAGAACGGUGAGCUGCUCCACGAUAUUGACUGCAUAGUGUGGGCCACCGGUUACAUGUACCAUAUUCCAUUUUUGGGCAGUUACCAGGACGAAAUCUUGGGAACGCAGCAUGCACGCAAUCCGGUGUCACGAUUGCACGGUUUGUGGCGACAGAUAGUGUUCAGCGAGGAUCCCACGCUGGCGUUUUCGCUUCUGUGCAAGAAUGUGGUGCCCUUCCCCGUUGCCGAGUCGCAGGCGUGUCUCAUAGCCAAGAUAUUUUGCGGAGCGGUCGAUGUGCCCUUGAUGGACAGCUCGGCUCGUGCUAUGGGCAAUGGGAAAGACUACCACUCCCUCGUGAUGCCCCGAGACAUCGAGUACUGUCGCGAUCUGCAAGGAAUUUUGGACUCAUGCGGCGGACUCAACGACCCAUUUCAACCGAGGCGCUGGGAUGAACAAAUGGCUGCACUACGCUACCAGACAGCCGCAGCGAAGAACGAACGCACUAAAUUAUUGGUGCGGCGUGCCAUGCAGCUCAGACAAAAUGGCCAGGCUUAUUGUCUGGAGUAG